UCGUUUCGUUUGGUGCGUCUCGCCAAAGGCUGAUUGUUUUAAGAUGGUGCAGGUUUGGUUUAUGGACAGCGAUGAAAGCGAUCAGCGUUUGCAACACAAACGCCAGCCAGCUGAAUAUUUGGAUAUGCAGGCGCUCUAUAAAAGAACCGGCGUGGAAUACUUUAAGAUCAAUGCGGACGACUAUGUGAACGAUAAGCAGCUGAUUGAGCUGCGCAGCAAACGCGGCUACAGCUACGAGGAUGAGAUCACCUGUUCGGAGCAGUGCCUGCCGGAUUAUCUCAACAAGCUAAAGUCAUUUUAUACGGAACAUUUGCAUACAGAUGAGGAAAUUCGACUGGUGCUCGAUGGUUCCGGUUACUUUGAUGUGCGCGAUGGCGAGGAAAACUGGUUGCGCAUCGAGGUGAUCAAAGGGGAUUUGAUAAUAAUUCCGGCGGGAAUCUAUCAUCGUUUCACUCUCGACUCCAAUAACUAUAUAAAAGCGCGUCGUUAUUUUAUUGGUGAACCUGUUUGGAUGCCGCACAAUCGCCCGGCUGAUAAAAUGGACUGUCGCAAGGCCUACUUGCAGGAUCUCGCCCAAUUGAGCAAAGCUUAAUAACAUUUACCUAUAUAUGUAAUGUAAAUAAUAUACUUGUUUUUGUUUAUUUUAACCAAUUAAAAAGUUCACAGUGCGAGUUACUAAACUGAA